AUGUAUCUUCUGCAUCGAAGCGUGCCAGCUGCUCAGGCAGAGGAACAGUUCUCACUUUACCACUACCAUCCGAUGGUAGCUGGUGGAGUCAUCUUCGCAAUGCUCUUUCUGAGUACUACUUUAUUCCACUUCUGGCAACUAAUCCGGGCAAGGUGCUGGUUCAUGAUCCCUCUAACCGCUGGCGGCAUCUUUGAAGGCAUCGGAUAUGCAGCUCGAGCUAGGUCUGGUAACGAGAGCCCCAACUGGACGCUCGGUCUGUAUAUUAUGCAGGCAAUUCUUCUACUCGUCGCGCCGGCCCUUUUUGCGGCAACAAUCUACAUGGAGCUUGGCAGGAUAAUCAUCAUGACCGACGGCGAAAAACGUGCUUUGAUUCCCAAAAAGUGGAUGACCAAGAUCUUUGUCACUAGAGAUGUCCUCUCAUUUAUUCUUCAGGGUGGCGGAGGAGGCUACCAAUCCUCCGGCUCCCUCGAAGCCUUGAACAACGGUGCCAAAGUCAUUAUCGGGAGCCUCUUCGUCCAACUCAUCUGCUUUGGCGUUUUUAUCGUCAUCGCUGUGGCCUUUGACCGAUCAAUUCGAGAAUCCCCAACGGGACGCUCCCAUAUGGUUCCCUGGAAGAAGCACAUGAUGGUCUUAUAUAUUUGCAGCAUGAUGAUCAUGGUACGAUCUGUCUUUAGGGUUGUUGAAUACCUCCAGGGCUUUGACGGGUACCUGCUCAAGCAUGAGAUAUACCUCUAUCUCUUUGACGCUGUCCUGAUGUUCCUUGUUAUGUUAUUAUUCAGCUGGAUUCAUCCGGCAGAAAUCACUGCGAUCAUUUCUCAGAGGGGAAAUACUUAUGGUUUAAAAAUGGGUCAUAUCCCAGGAAGUCAUCGUCGCUUGGCUUCAGAUGUAUAA